AUGGAGGACCCGGCUCCAAGUCCUCCUUCCCGAAGUCUGGCCCGCUCCUCCAUGUUCCGCUUUUUCCGUAGCCUGCUCGGGAGCAAGGGCAGCCCUAAGAGCUCUGGCAAGCUCUUGGAAGGUCAGCAGUGCCCUUCACAAGAGCAGGAUGCCCUCCCCCUGGUACCAGAUUGCCAGGGAAGAGGAGGGAGGAAGGAGCCCUGGCCAUCCCGCUUCUCUUUGGCCCUGCCACAGCGCUGCCCCAUGGGGCUGGCCACCUCCCAGCCCCCCAUGCCCAUGAAGGCCCUGAAGGUCACUGCCCAGGGCGUAGAGGUGAAGUCAGUCUCGCCCAGAGAGGGCCAACAGGUGUUGAGCAACCUGUCUGAGGAGGAGGCCCACUUGGCCCAAGCCCAGGCGGUAAAGCAAGGAUGCCUGGAGAGAGCCAUGGAACCGUGGGAGGACAGCCCCGAGGCCUUCACCACGGAGGAAGAGAAGGAGAAUCUGCUUGAAGGAGACGUCAGGCUGGCCUCUUUGGAUGUGGAAGCCACGCCAUGGAGAUGCCUCCUCACCUUGUACAAGCAGCUUCAGAAAUCGACCACGGCCAAGUUUCCCCUCAAGGAAAGCCUGACGGAAGAGGAGGAAGGAGAAGAAGAGGAAACGGAGGCAGAUGACAGCUCGUUCGAGCUCUGUGACCCAGACACUGACACCUUCCAGUCACUACUGUGCAAGACAUCUGGGCUGACAGACCCGCUCCGUAUCAUGGAGUCGGAGUUAAAGAAGCUUCUGGUUGUACAGCAGGAGCCCUACCUUUGGAAGAUGGGUGACCACAAAGACCAGGAGCUGCUGACCCAGCCAGAGAUGAUCCAGGAGGAGGUGAGCCUUGUGGAAGGUCAGCACCUGCUCCUGGAGGAGAUGGAUGAGACGGGCAGGUGGUCUGCAGAGUGA